AUGCCCGACGAUUCAGAAGACUUCCUCAUCCCUCCAGCACACGCUCGCUCGGUUUCACCAUCGCAUACCGGCAUUACACCAACUUCGACGACGACGCCGAUGAUGGAAGACCUAAGGCACACCCGGGCUGGUGGGCCAAAGAGGAAGAAAGGAGGAUGGGUGGUGGUGGUCUCGUAUGUCUUUGACUGGGUCAUCAUCGCUGUUGCCGGAGUCAUUGGCUAUAUUUUUGGGAAUAAAACCCCUAACAAGAGACCCUUCUCACUUCACGACCCCAAUAUCUCAUUCCCAUUUACAGUAAAGGAAACCGUGCCCGUCUGGCUGGCAGCAUGCAUCAGCGUGCUCGCCCCCAUCGUCUUGAUCGCCGUCAUCUCGCUGAUAUUCGUCCCCGGCGCUACCGUACCUCGGGGCACGCCGAAGGCUAUGAUCUGGAAGCGAAAGCUAUGGGAAUUACAUAUUGGCUGGCUGGGGUUGGCUCUGUCGGUAGCGUCAGCCUGGCUGAUUACGAAUGGCAUGAAGAACCUUUACGGAAAGCCGCGACCGGAUCUUCUCUCGAGAUGCCAGCCCGAUCUCGCCAAUUACGCCAAUUAUAUCGUUGGAGGUUAUGCCAAUUCGAGCAUGGAUGGGCAGCUGGUCAGCGCAAAUAUUUGCAAGAACACGGACAAGGCCUUGUUGGAUGAUGGGUUCAGGAGCUACCCCAGCGGUCACUCCAGCUCGGCAGCAUCCGGUCUCGUCUACCUCUCGCUUUUCAUUGCCAGCAAGUUCGCUAUCACAAUUCCCUUCCUCGCCUCCGGCACCAACGUAGACGCCGCCUCUUUCUCCGCCUUCCCCUCUCGGACUCGCAAUAACACCGCCAUGUUCCUAGGCGGGCCCGAAUCGUACGAGAUGGCCUCGCGGGGUCCCGCAGGCUCGGGGAGCGGGCGCACCUACACGGGCGGUAGCAUCGGCGCAGCCGAGGAGAAGCGUCUUGCGCGGCACACGCGCGCCGUGGCCGCCGUGCGCCGCCAGGCCGCCGCGCCGCCGCUCUACCUGCUGCUGAUCUGCAUCAUCCCGUGGUUUGCGUCCAUCUUCAUCGCCAGCUCGCGCUGGUUCGACUUCCGCCACCACGGCUUCGACAUCCUGUUCGGCUACCUGAUCGGGCUCGUCUGCGCCUUCUUCGCCUUCCGCUACUACCACCUGCCCAUUUCGCAAGGUGCUGGGUGGGCAUGGGGUCCGCGCAGCCGCGACAAGGCGUUCUGGGCGGGCGUCGGUAGUUAUAGCUACUCGACUGAUCAUAACGUCGGCGAGUACCAUCGCGCCGGAGACGAGGAGGAGGCGCUGGGCCCUGAUUCCUUGGAUCAUGGUAGCUACGGACGCCCUGUGGUACGGGGUAAUGGCACCGGUUUGGAAAGUAAUGUGGGACCGGACCAGCCCAUCACGGGGAGGAAACCGCCUUCUCUUGAUGAACGCGAACAGGCUGAUACGGCUUAUAGGGGGGUUCAUGACAAUCAGAUAUGA